AUGAAGCUAUUUUUGAUCCUCCUGUUAAGAUGCGCCAUUACUUUUGCGGAACCGGGGAUCUUCUACAAUCCACCGACGGGAGGUCCCAUUCAUGAGUACCAGGAUAAUCCGGUUUACACCCUGGGGGAGACAGUGCAGUUGCGCUGGGAUACUACGUUGGAUACCUUUUCAAUCAUGAUAUGGCAAAAUGAUAAUUCAGACUUUGAAUGGGUGCAAACCAACCUUCACGACGUCACCUCUUAUGACUGGAUCGUGUCAACGAAUAGAAACUUGAGCAACGGAGAAGUAUUUUUCUUCCAAGUCCGCAAUGCUUCGAAUCUUGACGACCUGAAUGAACUCUUCGCCAGUCAUUACUUCAACAUCACUCAAGAUGACUCAGCAACCUUAGCCACAUCGAGUUCUGCUAUUUCAACUACACUGGCCACGGCAUCUACUCUUAGCUUGAGCCCCUCCUCAACUACAACUCAAGCGGUCGCUACGACCACUAAUGCAAGUCAUACUAGCCAGGGAAAUAGCGGACUAUCAGAUGGUACCAAAAUCGGCGUGGGAGUGGGUGUCGGACUCGGGGGUGCUUUUGUUGCAGCUCUCGCGCUAUUUUUCUUUGUCCGCCGCAGGUCUAGGAGUUCAACGCAGGUCAAUGAGAGCAAUCCUGUCACGUCUCAAACACAGCCCGUGAUGGAUUCAAAGUCCUACAACGGACAGGCUCAGAAUGAAGCGCCGAAGAUUUUCGAGGCACCAGCAAACGAAGCCAGACGGUUUAUCGAACUACCGUGA